AUGGGGAGCAGUAGCUGUGAUGCCUCCGGGCAGAAGGCUAGUGGGGUCGCUCAGGUCAAGACGAUCUUCCUCGGGGACGAAGCGAAGAGCAAGGAGGAACGAAGACUGGUGCAGAAGUUGGACUGGGUCAUCUUGACAUACUGCUGCCUCAGUUCCUUCUUCAACUAUCUCGACCGCUCCGCCUUCGCCAACGCCUACGUUGCCGGUCUCAGGGAGGAUUUGAACUUGAAAGGAGCCGACUAUAACACCGGCUCCGUCAUUGGUCAGAUUCCACACGGCAUUAUCAUCCAGAAGUUUCCCCCGCGGAUAUGGCUACCCUCUAUGGUCAUUGUCUGGUCCGCCCUCACCAUGUCCUGCGCUGCCUGCAAGACCUACGAGCAGCUCUGCGUCGUGCGCUUCUUCCAGGGCUUCGCAGAGGCCAGCACCUACUGUGGUACCAUCUACAUCAUCGGGUCGUGGUAUAAGCCUCGCGAGAUCGCCAAGCGCACAGCUAUCUUCACGGCCUCGGGACAGGCGGGAACGAUGUUCGCGGGCAUCAUGAUGACGGCCAUAUACACGGGCAUACAGGACCACAGCGGCCUCAAGGGGUGGCAAUGGCUCUUUCUCGUCAACGGGAUCAUCACCAUCCCCAUCGCCAUCGUGGGCUUCUUCUUCUUCCCGGACACGCCCGAGACGACGCAGGCGAGGUGGCUCAGCGCCGGGGAGCGCGAGCUGGCGCUGCAGCGGCUCCCUCCCAAGAGCAAGGACGGCCACAACAUCGACCCCUGGUCGCUGGCGAAGCGCGUCUUCGCCAGCCCGGCGCUGUACAUCCUGUGCCUGUGGGCCGUCAUCACGGGCGCGCUCGAGGCGUACGUCGUGCAGAGCCUGUUCCUGCUGUGGAUGAAGUUCCACUCGGACGUCUUCACCCAGGCCCAGAUCAACACAUACCCGCUCGGCGUGCAGGCCGUGGGGAUCGUCUCCAACUUCCUCGCCGCCGUGCAUGUCGACGCCACCGGCACGAGGGUGCCGAUGGGGGUCCUGGCCUGCCUGCUGCAGCUCGUCGCGGCCGUCAUGCUGAUGGUGCCGACGCUGCCGUUCGCGGGCACCUUCUUCGCGUACUACCUAUCUGGUACGAGCUAUAUGGUCAACCCGGUGUCCUACGGCUGGGCGAGUAUCAUCACCCAACGUGGCGGAGAUGAUGCCGCGCGGUCUGUCAUCUUGUAUGCUAUGAAUGCGUGUUCUACCUGCUUGUACACGUUCUGGGGCAUCGCUCUGUACCCCGCCUCGGAUGCGCCAUACUGGAAAAAGGGGAAUAUUGCUAUGAUAAUCGUGGUUGUUGUCAUGUUGGGAGGGCUGUUUGCAGUGAAUUGGCUCGACAAGCACACGUUGCGCAAAUUCCCGUACGGCGACACGGCUGUGCGAGACAUUGUGGGAGUCGGCGACAGCGAGGUGGUGGUUGCUCCACAAGCGGGCGCCGAAAGCGAAGAGGAUGGAGAGAAAAGGGUAAAAGACAGCUGUUGA